CGGCGAGGCGCAGGGGAGGGGGAAGGCGGCGGGGGGGGAAGGGUGUCCCUCCCGGCAGCCAUUAUCUGGAGCGCGGCGCGGCGGGCGCGGAGCCGUGCGCCGAGGGGCCCCUUCGCUGCUGCCGAGCCCGCGUCCCCGCGGCGGGGCGGGGGCGGGCCGCCAUGGCGGCUUAGCCUCGCCCCCUCCCUCCCCUUCCUCCGCGCCACGGGCGCUGAAGGCGCGGCGGCGGCGGCGCGGCCUAGCCGGGAGGGCGGAUCCUCGGCCUCGCGUAGCGGCUCCUGCCCGCGGAGGGCUGCCCUCCCCGGGGGGGGGGCCAUGUCCCUGGUGGCCUAUGCCAGCAGCGAGGAGGACAGCGAUGCGGAGGAGGCCGCGGGCGAGGAGGAGGAAGCCGCCGCUCCGCCUCCCGCCGCAGCCCAGCAGCCCGCGGCGCGGGGGCUCUUCGCCGCCUUGCCUCCCCCCAAAGCCCCCGUGCUGCCGCCGGCGCCGCCGCCUCACCAGCCCCUGAGCGGCGGCGGCGGCGGCUUCCCCCUGCUGCCGCCGCCCCCUCCCUUCCUCAUGGGCCCCCCGCCGGGCCUGCGGGGCUUCGGCACCCCUCCGCCGGCCAUGAGCCCGGCCGCGGCCGGCAGCCAGCCCGAGGCGGCCGCCGACGGCGGCGGCGAGCAGCCGCGGCCGGGGGGGCUGCUGCUGCCCCCGCCGAGGAACGCGGCCGCCCCUGGCCUCGGCCUGCCCCCUCCCGCCUCGGCCGCUGCUGCUCCGCCCGGGGCUGGGGGGGAUUUGAGCCUCCCCAAGCCAAAGAAGAGGACGGAGCCGGUGAGGAUCACGGUGCCCGAGCUGCACAAGGGAGAUUCAGAUUCAGAGGAAGAUGAACCAGCAAAGAAGAAAAAUACUCUUCAGGGACGUGGCGAGGGCUCUGGCUUGUCUGCUUUGCUUCCUCAACCCAAAAACUUGCCAGUGAAAGAGACCAAUCGGUUACUUUUGCCCUACGCUUUCUCAAGGAAAGCAGCAGAAAAUGCCUCCGAGUCAAAGCCGGCUAAGGCCCCAACCUCUUCCUCAAAGACAAAACCUUUGUCCAAGCCGGCAGUGGCCACAACUCCUUCUCCAUCUGCUAUCAAAGCUGCCGCGAAGAGCGCUGCCCUCCAGGUCACCAAGCAGAUCACGCAGGAAGAGGACGACAGCGAUGAAGAGGUAGAGCCAGAGAACUACUUCUCCUUGUCUGACAAGAGCGAGCCCAGCAUUGUCAGUGCUGAGACAUAUAUGUAUUCUGGCACAGUGGUGUCAGAGGACCCGCCGCCUGGGACCGAGCCGGAGCCGCAGUUCCAGGAUGCCGCUGCGAACGCCCCGCUGGAGUUCAAGACGGGCGCGGGAUCCAGCGGCGCGCAGCACAGCUGGGCGCCCAAGUCUGGAGAAGACUAUGGCAGUCAGCCCUACAGCCAGUUCCCUGCUUACAGCGAUGCCAGCGUCACUGGCGCGUAUUAUCAGGAUUACUACAGCGGUGGAUACUACCAGGAGAUGGAACCAGCCCAGGGACCACCACAGGACAUGGGCACCGACUCCUCCUUCAUAGACGAUGAAGCGUUUAAACGUCUGCAAGGCAAGCGGAAUCGAGGGAGAGAAGAGAUCAACUUUGUGGACAUCAAAGGCGAUGAUCAACUGAGUGGAGCCCAGCAGUGGUUGACAAAAUCCUUAACAGAGGAGAAAACCAUGAAAUCGUUCAGCAAGAGAAAAGGAGAUCAACCCACGGGACAGCAGAGAAGAAAACACCAGAUCACGUACCUGAUUCAUCAGGCAAAGGAAAGAGAACUGGAACUGAAAAACACAUGGUCCGAAAACAAGCUCAGCCGACGUCAGACUCAAGCCAAAUAUGGAUUUUAACACCUCUCCCCUACUUUUUGGCUGUUGUCCCAGGUGACGUAGUGUGUCAGACUUCUCCUGGCCUUCUGGAGAUCACCCAGGCCCCUGCGUAGAAGGCUGUCUGCUCUGUGGGUGGGAGGAUACUGCACUCCCUGGUCUGUCAGGAGAAGGGUUUAAACGCAAGCAAGUUUCUGAAACUCCACCUGUAAUCUCCCCCUUCCCCGCCCCCGAACAAUAAUGUAGAUGGCUCAAAUCAAGUGUGGCUUGUACAGCUGGGGACUGUCCCAGGGCACAGGGCAAGGUUGGAACUUUUGUCCCACGGCCUGGUGCAAGGUUUGGAGGUUUUGUCCUGUAGGUAGACAGGCUACUGAUUCUUGAGAGUAGCCAUAGCUGCUGGAAUCUAGGCAGAGUCACAAUAAACUUCCAAUUCGCAGUUUUCUCCUUUCUUGGACUCACUGUGCAUUGAGAUUGUAAUUUUUCUUUCUAAAAGACAGUGAGUUUCAAGAGCAAGCCUGUUUUUUUUUGUCCUUUUUGUUGAGACAUCCUAAUGGCUGUUUACUUUUCUGAGUAAAUACACUGCUCCUCUCAUGCUAAUUACUUUUUUAUGGGGGGGGGGGGAGGGGGAAGUGUGGCUAAUUUAGUGUUUUUGUUCUCAGCUGCAUCAGCCUCUGUUUCAAAUCACGUCAAGGGGAAACUACUUUUUUGUUUCAAAGGGGACAUAGACUAACAGGUCAGAGCUUGGGAUACAAGUAAAAAUACCCCAGUGUGUGGACUGCACAAAAAACAAUGAGGUUCUCUCUGCCAGCACAAGAAGCUGCUGAGAGCUUUUGGAUAUAUAUGGACGUUCUGUGUAUGUAUGUUUUUCUCGCUUUUUUUCCCCCCCCCCCCCCGACCCAAGGCCUACAGUGCUGUAACAUUCUGGUCUCCAUACUAGUUGAACCAAGUAUUUGCAGUGUCACAUGGCGCACUGCAGCUGGCAGUGAGUUUAGUCAGUGAAACAGCAGUAUUUCCUGUAAUCAGACACAGAUGAAAGCUGCCUACUGUACAUUUUUUCAGCUCUUCAGCUUUGUUUGUAUCAAUUCUGUUUCCUAUAAAAGCAUCACAUCUGAUUAAGUGUUAACUUUAUCCUCCUGGCUGGGAAGAGGAGACCACGUCCAGCCUUAACUUUUUAAAACAAAAUCUUUCUUUUAUUUAAGGUAUUAGGCCUAGGUGGUAUGACUGCAAAUCAUGUGCAAACUUGCUAGCCAGAUCCAUAUAUCUUUAGCCAGAUCUCUGUGGCCUCACUUAGUUCAUUGUUCACCAAAGUGUGUGAUGCUGAAAGGAACAGAGAGCUGGGCUGGUUAUUUAACUCACAUUCCCAACACUAAGGGUUGUAUUUGUUGUAACAGCAGCUAAAACUGCUAAUAUAUUUGUUAUUCCAUUUAGAAAAAGAAAAAAAAACUCCAAAAGGUUGUUUUUCUCCCAUGUUACCUGUUUAAGAAAACAAAACAAAACCCUGAUGAAUGAAGUCUUUUCUUAGGAUAUUUUAAAAUAAUCUGAUUUCUAGUUUAGCUCCCUGAAUGUUUUAGUACUUUGCAGAGCCCAUUUUGAGUAUUUGAAUGACCAGAAUAAAGUUACUGUUGAGUAAUUUAUUCAUAUCUUAUAUGUACAGUGAAAUCCUCUGAAAAGAGAUUUGAUAAAGGAAUAAACUUUUAAAUGAACCGAA